AUGCAAAUAAAUCAAUUACCCAAUCGUCCAUUAUUUGAGCAUCAAUCGAAUUAUGCUUUAAAUGUGAUUAAAGAGUUUAACAUGCAUGAGGCAAAGGAGUUGUCUAUACCUAUUGAUAAAAUGAAUUCAAUUGACCAAGAUAAAGAAUUAAAACAAACGGGUGAUCAAAUUCCAUACCGACAAGCGGUCGGGUGCUUAUUGUUUUUAUCAACAGUAACGAGACCAGAUGCAGCAUAUGCUGUUAGCUAUGUUGGUCGUUUUUUAUCAGAGCCAAAACAAGUACAUUGGAGCAUGGUAAAACCUAAUUUGCGCUAUUUAAAACGAACCAAUAAUUAUGGGUUAUGUUUGGAUAGUACUAAACAGUUGUGUAUGGAAAUUUUUAGUGAUGCGGAAUUUGCAAAUUGUGUCCAAACUAAGAGGUCAACAUCAGGAUAUGUAUUUAGACAUCAAUCAACUAUCAUUUCUUGGACAUCACAUCGACAACAAACGGUAGCCUUAUCAACCACAGAAUCGGAGUACAUAGCUGCUUGUGAAGCGAUUAAGUCAAUGAUAUAG